AUCUAUUUUCAUUUGUUACAGAUUGUCGACAGACACGCGUUCAAAACGAAGUAGACUACGUUAUCUCUGCAUAUAACGCAUUCUGAAAUUUCCGCAUGACUUCACGCUUUCGCGGAUUAGUCUUUCUCUUUUAGUUGCAUUUCUUGCCACUUCGUAUCAUAUUUUUACGUGUUCGUCCUUAUAUGAUAUCAUUAUGUGAGUCACAGAUUAAAGUAAAACGUUGAGUUAUUUAAUUUUAUUUCAUAUUUUACAUCCGAACGAUAAAAUAAGAGCUACAGUUAAUAAUCUCCCCUGUAUAAAAUAUGAAAUAUAAAAUACAAAAUAAAUAAUUUGAUUAACUUGUUAUAUUUUUUAUGUUUAUCUAAGACUUGAUUAGUACUCGUUGAGUUGAAGAUACAAGAAUGCACAAAAUGCGUAUGAUAUGCAAAAUUACUACAUUUCAUAUAAUAAUAAUAAUAACAACAACAACAAUAAUAAUAAUAGUAAUAACAAAAUAAUACAAUAUAUUAUGGUAUUUGGUAUAUAUUAUUAUGGUAAUUGAUACUAAAUCACCUAACGCUAAACUUUUAACAACUAAAAACACUCCUAAAUACCAAUUUCAAGAUAAAGAUGUUAAAAUUACAAGAAAAUCAAAUUCUAAAAGAACAACGAUACUAACGAAUCAUAACCAUGUAAUGUAACCAUAAGAAUUUCUCAUAUAAUAACAUCAAAAUUUUAACCGUUAUGACAGCAAUAUAAUACAGCGUUUUUAAAAGAUAGUAAUUGAUAGGCUCGGUUUAUUAACGAUAACGACGAAUAAAAAGUCUCACGCAAACAGAAGCUAUACAAACUUAAGAUGAUAUCGAUCAUUUUUAAACGGAAAUUCGUGCUUAAAAACGAGCAUACGUCUUGGGGCUAAUUAUCCGGGUGGCAGAGAGAGGGAACGAAAAGCUGUUGAAGAUAAACGAGCGGCUCUCGACCGGAACAUGAGUUUGGAUACGAACCCGAGCCGGAGCAGGAGCACAAGGUCUCUAUAAAUGCGUGCAUGCGUACGUUCAUGAUUUCCAGUCGGUGGGAGGUUAGCUUUCGGUGAGAACGAUAGGCGUCCUCUUCCCUCUUCUUCUUUCCUUUCUUUCGCUCUUCUUCCUUUUCCUAUUCUUCUUGUUGUCCUCAAACUUGUGCAGUAUGCCUUAACCUCAUUAAAUCCGAUACAUCUUACAAUCGUCUAUAGUUGCGUAACUUCGAUAGUGAAUUGUUGUGAAUUUAUGUUGUUGAUUACAUUCUUUCCGCCUAAAAACUAACGUUGUUUUGUAUACGUGAAAUAGACAAAAGUGUGGAAUUAAUUCAAAGUGAUAACCAAUUGCAGCUUGUAGGGAGUUUUAAAAUUACGUACGUUGUUUCAGUGAUCAUAGGAAGCAUAACAUCUCGAUUCGACGUUCAAAAUCGACGUGUAAGUCGAUAAAAUGCACACGCAGUAAAAUUACAAGAAUCGAUUAGUGGAACGAUAUUAAUAUUCGAAAUGGUGUUAAACGGAACGAAUUAACGCUCGCUUAGCAUUUGAACGUUGAAUUCGACAGCCUGAUAAUCACGUGCUUGCACGAAACGUCAGUUGCGCGUGCGAACAGUGAACAGUUGAACGAGCGUUCAUCACUGACAUUUCACUGGGAGAAACAAGAGAGUGCAAAUACUGUGUUCGUGAGUCAGUCGACAAGUGUACUUCUAUAAACAACUCCAAGGAUUCGAUCGGAGUAUCGAACUGCGUAAUUCGAGAACUGCCGCGACAAACGUCGAGUAAUCCUUUGUUUUAUACUGUUGACCUCGCGACGAUAACGUUGAACCGAUAUCCGCCGCUCCAGACGUAAUGCAUUAUGUAUACGACUGUUGAAUCAAAAAAGGAAAGAAUCUUUUAACGCGGUUCAUAAAAGUAUCAGAACACUUGCCAUACACAAUUACUAUGUAUUAUAUUGUACGCGUUAUAUGAAACAUUUGUCUCAUAGCUGCUUCGUUACAAUGCUAAUGAGAUUGUAAAAUAUGAAAAUAUAACACACAUAAUACAUUCGUAAAAGAUUGCUAUACCAAUUACAUGUUUGAUCUCGAAUAUAUAUAUGGUGUACGAAAAUUUAUUUAAAAAACAGAAAAACAACGAAGAUUAUGAGAUGACAUGUAGCGAAUAUAUUGCUCAAUUUUAUAAAUAAGGAAGGAACAGAAGAGCGUCAUAGUUAUUGAUUUGGAAAAAUAAUCUUAUAUUUGUAUUUCGAAAAGAACUCUGUAGCGAAUUCAAAAUGUGGAGUAUUUUGGAGCAAUUUCUAUUACCAGGAUUACUGCUAGGUAUUAUAUAUUGUUUUUUUACGUCGACAUUCGAUUUUUGGAAGAACCGUGGCGUCCCUUUCCGAAAACCUAUAGUAUUAUUUGGAAAUUUUGCGUCAUUGCUAUUGUUCCAAAAAUCGUUACCAGAAGGUAUAAAAGAUAUGUACGAGUGGUUCAAAGACGAGAGGUAUUUUGGAGCGUUCCGUGUUAUGUCGCCUGUACUGAUCCUACGGGACCCAGACCUCGUGAAAGACAUUUGCGUGAAAAGCUUCGUUUGCUUCACGAACCGUGGAAUACCGGUAAACUCACAGAACUCGUUAUCCGCCCACUUGUUCAACCUAGAAGGGAAAAGAUGGAAGAGCCUAAGAUCCAAACUGACCCCAGCCUUUUCAUCCGGCAAAUUGAAAAGAAUGUUCUACCUGCUAGCCGAGUGCGGCGAGGAGUUUCAAAAAUUAAUCGACGCGUCCUCCGAGACCCAUCGUCCAUUUGAGAUUCGCGAGCUAGCGGCGAAAUUUACGAUAGACGUCAUUGGCAGCUGUGCUUUUGGCAUACAAAUAAAUGCUCUCACCGAUGAGGAAUCCGAGUUUCACAGGGCUGCUAAGAAACUCUCGAAACCAAGUUACACAGCUACCCUCUGGAGAAUGCUCAGGACAGCCAUGCCAAAAUUGUACAAAUUUUUGGAUGUUCAGGUGAUAGAUCCUGAGGUAAGCAAAUUUUUCAAGAAUGUAGUGUCGCAGAUGAUUAACGAACGAGAGAAACAUGGUAUUAAGAGACACGACUUUAUGGACCUGUUAAUUGAAUUGAAAAAUAAAGGAACAUUGGAUGAGUGUGGAAGUGGACAAGUUUGCAAUGACGAAGAUGAGAAAAUUACUGAAGAGAUAGAAACGCUACGGAAAUAUCCUCCAGCUCCAAUGCUAUCCCGAAGAUGCGAGCACCAAUACCAAAUACCAGGAAGUAAGGUUGAAUUACCAGUAGGCAUGCGGGUGAUCAUACCGAUUUAUGGAUUUCACCAUGAUCCAGAUUAUUACCCGGAUCCAGCAACAUUUGAUCCCGAAAGAUUCACAGAAGAAAAUAAACGAACCAGACAUCCUUAUACGUAUCUUCCAUUUGGCGAGGGACCUCGAAAUUGCAUAGGUAUGCGGUUCGCAUUGCUACAAAUCAAAGUGGGGGUAAUUUCGUUUCUCAGAAAGCACAGAGUGGAAACAUGCGAGAGAACGAUAACGCCGAUAAAAUUUAGUAGACGAAGUCUCGUGACAACUAGCGAAAAAGGAUUCUGGCUUAAAAUCAUACAAUACUCUUAAACUUGCAAAAUUUAAAAAAGAACACCACCAAUGUCUGUUGUGUACUUAAAAUACCUCAAAGAAAUUAUCAAUAUUAUUAACUACCUUAGUAUUAAUGCGGCCAGUAGGAUAAUUUUAAUCUCACUUUUUAUAUUUUAUUUUUUUUAUUCUUAUAUUUCAUGAAUAUUUAUCAAAAAUUGUUAGUGUUACUUUCUACAAUAGUUAAUUUUCAGUGAUAUUUUAGGUUACCAUCAGUAAUAUAUUUAUAAUUAUUAGUAAUUAUGAACAGGAUAAUUCACUUUGUACAUUCUUAAUGGGUCGUAUUUAUAGUUAGUGUUAUUGCACUAUUUUUGAAAAUGAUAUUAUUACAUAAAUGAAACAUUUAUAUUUUUGUAAACAUUUUAUCCAUUAGACAUUAUAAUGUAUUAAUAUAAUAAAUAUCAUACGUGUAUUAAUACACGACAAAUA